AUGAACGCGGUCAGUAUUGGGGAGUACCAUGGGCUACGGGUGGGCUCAGCCCUGCUCAGUAUAGUAGCAGGUUGCAUCAUCAUUGGAGUGUCAAAGGACUGUGAUGCUGAUGCUGUGGGGGGCAUCUUCCUUGGGGCCGGUGGGCUUGGUCUCCUCAUUUCAGUCUACCCGUUCAUACGAGCAUGGUUCAACUUCCAUCAUAUACUGCCAAAUAUAGGCAACUUCAGAGUGCACCCGAUGGCUACAAACUCAAAUCCAGCCCCUGAACAGCCAGCGGCUAUACUCACACGAGAGGGGACUCAAAGUCAGCUUAAUGUAGAGCGCUCGAAAAGUCGUAUGGGGACAUUCGUGGAGACAGCAGCUUCAACAGCCGCCGAGGGCUCCCAGGAUGACGGGCCUUCGGCUGAUGUUCCAGAUAUCUUGGGCAGGCGAAAGUUUAAGUCACCAUCUUCUGAUCAAGAGUAA